CUCCAUUUGGGUACCUCUUUAUAAUAAUAGUUGGGUGGUCCACGUGAAGAUUUCAUUCAGGAAAGCCUUUUCAAAUUUCUUCAUUUUCUGGCGUUUGACGUUUCGGCUAAAAAGGGCUUUGUAAUUUUGUGUAAACUCGGUGGUUUAAUCGACAUUCACCAUGAAGUACUUGGAAUACACUCCUCUUGACAGAAUAAACGAUUUCUUGAGUAAUCUAAAUCUUGGAGAACGAACCAUUGAAGGAUGCCUUGAAGCUUACUCUUGCAAACAUACUGGAACAGAUAAGAAGCUCUCACUCAGCUUGGAAAACGAGAUUCUUGAUCAUCUCGGGAAGUCUUCAGACACGGACUCGUCUUCACCAGUUGAAUAUUUAUUUAGUAGAUCCAGCCGGAAGACACUGAUUUUUCUUCUUCUAACACUCCAUCACAUGUACCCGGAUUACGACUUCAGUGCAGUGAGAGCUCACGAGUUUUUCACUGAAGAAAGCUGGGACAGUUUUAAGCAGAUUUUUGAUGUUUACAUGUUCGAAGCCUCAAAGGAGUGGCUUGAAGAGAAUGAGGGAAGUGCCCUACUUGAGACCUUGUACAAGGCCUUAGAUGAGGUUGUAAACCUAGCAGAAUGUGAAGUCUACAGUUACAACCCAGAAGCUGAAGCAGAUCCGUUUCUUGAGAAAGGAGCCAUAUGGUCAUAUCAUUUCUUCUUCUACAAUAGAAAGCUUAAGCGUGUUGUGAGCUUCCGUUUGAGCUGUUUAAGUAACUUGGUGAACGAUGGCUUUUUGGAUGACGAGUCGAGUCAGGAGGAAGAUGGAGAAAUAUUUGAUGACAUGGAUAUAUGACCCAUCAACUGCCGUAAACCCGAUGUUAUAUAGCCGUGAGAGACCUGUAAAUCCUCCUGGUAUAUUUUAAGCAUGCAAUAGUUUGCUAGGUUCUGUUUGUAGUUUCUUACUUUAUGUGAGUGAGUGUUUACACCUUUGCUGCGUGUGAACACGGUAAAGUAUGGCCUGUACAAAUCCCGUGUUUGUAUUGUUCUGUGUUAGGUUCGGUACCCUGGACUAUUUUUAUGGCUUAUUGUAAAUCUUUGGCAACAUUUUCAUGGACUGCUCAAUGUGAUUUGAAUUAUUUCAAUAGGAAUUCUUGUGGGAAA